AAUUUAUACACAGAACUCGAAGAAGAAGAAGAAGGAUCAAUCAAUCAGACACAAAAGUAAAGAAAGAAGAAAGCUUUAGAAGAUGGUUGUGGAUUACUACAAAAUCUUACAGGUAGAUAAGAACGCCAAAGAUGAUGAUUUGAAGAAGGCUUACAGGAAACUUGCAAUGAAAUGGCAUCCCGAUAAGAAUCCCAAUAAUAAGAAAGAUGCCGAGGCCAAAUUCAAGCAGAUCUCUGAAGCCUACGAGGUUCUUAGCGAUCCUCAGAAAAGGGCAGUAUACGAUCAAUACGGGGAGGAAGGACUGAAAGGGCAAGUACCGCCGCCAGAUGCCGGAGGACCUGGGGGUGGUGCGACAUACUUCCAAACAGGAGAUGGUCCGAACGUAUUCAGAUUCAAUCCAAGAAACGCAAACGACAUCUUUGCCGAAUUCUUCGGAAACUCAACUCCAUUUGGAGGAGGCGGCGGCGGUGGCGGUGGUUCAAGGUUCGGAGGCAUGUUUGGCGGAGGAGGAGAUGACAUGAUGUUUAGUUCAUUCGGUGAUGGUAGGCCGAUGAAUACGGGUCCAAGGAAAGCUCCACCGAUAGAACAAACAUUACCAUGUAGUCUUGAAGAUCUAUACAAAGGAACAACGAAGAAGAUGAAAAUCUCACGAGAGAUAGCUGAUGCAAGUGGGAAGACAAUACCUGUUCAGGAGAUUCUUACAAUUGAUAUAAAACCCGGAUGGAAAAAGGGGACAAAGAUUACAUUCCCUGAGAAAGGAAACGAGCAUCCAAAUGUGAUCCCGUCUGAUCUGGUCUUCAUAAUUGAUGAGAAACCUCACAGCGUGUUUACUAGAGACGGCAACGAUCUAGUGACGACUAAGAAAAUAUCAUUGGCCGAGGCUUUGACAGGAUACACAGCCAACAUAACGACAUUGGAUGGGAGGAGCUUGAGUAUACCCAUCAACAGCAAUAAUGUGAUUAGUCCAAAUUAUGAAGAGGUGGUUCUCAAGGAAGGGAUGCCAAUACCUAAAGAUCCUUCUAAAAGAGGCAAUCUUAGGAUUAAGUUCAAUAUAAAGUUCCCAGCAAGGUUAACGUCUGAGCAGAAGUCUGGAAUCAAGAAUUUGUUGGCUCCAUGAUCCUGAUCAUGAUGGUUAGCCCUUAGCUGCUGUGUUCAAGGCGAUUAAUCUGGACGGAUACAAUUUUAUUCCAUUUUAAUAGCGCCUGGUUAUUAUUCCUUUUCUUUUCUUGUAUUCAAUUAUGUAAACUUUUUGUGUGUUCAAUAACAGCCUUUGUUUUAA